GUGAAGUUGGCUGAGUGGUGGAUUACAUAACCUCACAAGUUCUGUAUUUUCUCCCAGGAUUUCAUUCUUAAUAAAUAUUCAGCAAUGAGACAUGUGAAAUUCCUAGCCCGCACCGUGCUGGUGCAGAAUAACAACGUAGAUGACGCCUGCAGAGUGCUGAAUAGAAUCCUCGGCAAGGAGGGCAUCUUUGACCAGUUCCGGAGGACAAGAUACUACGAGAAGCCCUACCAAACACGGCGGAGGGUGAAUUUCGAGAAGUGCAAGUCCAUCUACAACGAAGACAUGGACAGGAAGAUCCAGUUUGUCCUCCGGAAGAACAGAGCAGAACCUUUUCCCGGAUGCUCGUAGACGGGGAAUAUUAAUUAAUAUAGAAUUUAUUAUAGUGGAUUUCUAUGCAAUCCAUAAUAAAAUUGAAUGUUUUCCCAAUC